AUGGGGCCGUGGUGUUGCUGGAGGCUGUCCCGGUUACUGUUGGGCGAAGGCGGGAUACACCCUGGACAGGUCGCCAUCCAUGAAGCCCGCUACGACGACAUCCAUGGUCUGACCUGUCCAGGGCGUCGCCUGCCUUCGCCCAACUGUGACCAGGACAGUCUCCGGCAAUUCAGCAUAGCGAGCAAAGAAGGAGGAUUGACCUUCACCUUUUUUUGUUGUUGCAGACUGGAAAGGGAAAAGUCCCAAGGAAUAGACUCCUCCAAAAGCAGCAGCACUCUAAAGACAGCAGAUGAAGUGAAGGCCCAUUUGGAGCAUCAGCUGAAGCAGGCCAGACUGGCAGCUCAGCAGAAACGCCUCGAGCAGCAGAGACUAAAUACGACUGCUGCCACUUCCACCACGACCACCAUCACCACCACUGCAGCCAGCACCCCCACGACCCUGAGGGCAGGACAGGCGCCCACCGGAGCUAAAAUGGUGCUGGCCUCCAAGCUCGGCUCCACAGUUCCCUUCCAGCAGGACAAGAACUUCCACCAGUCCUUUGCUUCCUGGGUUAAACAGGGUCAAACCACCAACAGCUCUGGUGCAGGUCAGCAGAAAGUUGUCAGUAUUUUCCCAUCUGGGCCUCCAGCAAACCUUAGGACCUACAGCGCACUACACCCUACAACGGGCAACAUCAACCUCAGAUCUGCGCCCCCGUCCUCAAACGCUCAGCAGCAGACCGUCACCACGGGAGGCCUGACGACCACAAGCACAGCGGCGCCCGUUUCUCCAUCUACCUCCACCAUGAGAAAUUCAGCUGCAGCUCAACAAGCUUCACCUCAGCAGGCUUUGACCCAGAUGAAACGUAAUCAUCAACCAGCCGUCACAGGUUCUGCAGCAGCAUCUCCUGCCCCUGCAGGACAGAACUUUGCUGCUCCGGCCCAAAAACCCCAGCAGGGUCAAGUCAAGCUGACGAUGGCUCAGCUUAUGCAGCUGACACAGGGGGCACAGGGAGGAAACCCAGGACUAACGGUGGUGAUCCAAGGUCAAGGUCAAACCCAGGGGCAGCUUCAAAUCAUCCCACAGGGCGUUACUGUCAUCCCCGGUCCUGGUCAGCAGUUAAUGCAGGCCGCCAUGCCCAAUGGUCAGGUGCAGCGCUUCCUCUUCACGCCUAUGCCCCCGUCCUCCUCUGCUGCCCCUUCCCCAACUGCUGCUCCUGCAAAACCUGUCCCCGCCCAGACCCAGAUACCCACCCAAGUCCAAGCACAGGUCCACACAACUCCAUCCUCCAUGGCCCAAACACAAAUGACGGCACCACUGCCGCUCCUACACACAUGUCAAGCCCAUCACAAAUUUUAAGCUCCGCCCACAGCCCAGUUUCUGCCUCUGUUCAAACCCCAGUGGUUGCUACUUCACCUGCUCUGCCCCAGGCUGUGGCUCAAACUGCCCUACAAACACAGAUCCCUGCCACUGCACCAUCACCUGUCCCUACCCGUCACUGGGUUUGG